GUAUUUUCUGAGGGUGGUCCACAGAUGUGCAUUUCUCACUCAUCUGGAGAGAAACAUUAUAUACCAAAAGAGAAAGCAGAUGGACAUGUCCAUGCCUCUAGGGAUUCAUCUGAUUUCAGAAAGCAGAUACCCAUUUUGACAUGACUUCAGAGGAAGAGCACAAAAGUUUUGAUGAUGCUCAAUGUACCCAGUCUCAGGUAUUUUCUGAGGAUCAUCCACAGAUAUGUGUUUCUCACUCAUCUGGAGAGAAACAUCAUAAAGCAAAAGAGAAAGAAGAUGGACAUGUCCAUGGUUUCUCCUAGUGAUGGGACAGAGAACAAGCUAUUGCAUAACUAUCACAAGAAGAAGGAUGAGGUCUCUAUGAAGAGACUGGGAAUGGACACAGUAAAAUAUCAGAACCAGGAAAAGAAGUGCUUUGAGAAUACUGAAAUUUUAAGAGAAAAGAAUACCAGCCUUCCAUGGACACAAAAAUUGAAUGAGGAAACACAUAUGGAAAUAUUCCAGGACAAUGAACAGUUGGGUAUUUGGAAAGUUGAGAGUACAUUGCAAAAUUUCACACCUGAGAGUGAAAAACAAAGCACAGAAAGACCAGAAACAGAUGUCAAAUCUCACCCUGCCAGAUCUGGUCCUGCUCCACCCCAUCAAGGUGAAAGUCCAACACCAAAAAGAAAUCUAGAACUUGCUUUCCAGAGAGGCAGAGAUAAAGACUUUAGUUCACAGGAAAAAAAGAAUAUUGAUGUAUCUAACCUAAACAUUAGUAGUGAGAUUCCUUCCCAACAGGUUCCAAAGUCUGAAGUAAAAACAAGUGACCUAGAAAACGAGCUGCAUCAGUCAAGAGUAAUGACUUUGGAUACAGAUCAAGUAAACAGACACCUAAAACAAAGACAGUGCCAACUGAAGGAGAUGGAAUACAGGUAUCAAAAUGAACAAAGAAAAAGGAAUGAACACCUCAGAAAGCAGGAAGCUUCUAAAGAGAAGGUAUCUAAACUACAAAGAGAAACUCCAUUGCAUGAAGACCAAUUGCAUGACUAUCAGAACAAAGGUGAAAAUAAAAUAAAUGGACUUAUUAUUGUCCAAACCCAAUUUUAUGAUGUUAUAAAAAAACUUCAAGCUCGGAAUGACAGAUGUCGUCUCAUGCUGGAAAACAAAUAUUUGGAAUUAAUCAAUGAAACUAAUCAUUUAAAAGAUCAACUGGAUCAAUAUGGAAAGGAGAAAGCAGAAGAAAUGGAUGAUCUUACUCCAAAGACGAACAAUGCAUCUUCAAAGCAUUUACGUUUGAGAACAAACUAUGAAUGUUUUAUGCAGAACUUGUUUUUUUAUAAAAAGUAUACAAGAUACAUUUGAAAAAAUAGAAAGGAAUCAAAAGAAGUUGGAAGAAAAUGUAAUAAACUUUCCAAGGCACACACGGAGCACUCGAGUAGAACGAGGCCAAGGAGUACGGUGGGAAUGUGACAUUGAACAUCAAGCAAGAUGGGAUUUAGAGGAGAAGCAAAAACAAACACAAGGAGCAGCUCCGGAAAUUACACACCAGUUCAGAAAGACUGAUUUUACUUCAAUAAGAAGUCAGAUGGAACUCAGAAUUAGCCAUCUGGAAACUGAACUGAAAAUUCUAAGAAAUUCAACUGAAAGAAUAUAGGCACUUCCAUAUAGAACAAUCCAAAUUCCACAAAAUUUGAAUCCUGACCAUGGGAGCAUCUGCCUUAAGAAUUACUAAUAAGACAAGACAAGAUCUACUUUUGGAAACAUCAUAAGGAUAUACAGAGAUUUUAAGAAAAAAAUAUGAAAGCUAAUAUUGUGUUUUUCAGACUGUUAAUAUAAUAUUUAAAUUAUUUAUGAAAUGUAUGAUGUAAAUAAUUUAUUGAAAUGGAUGUGUGUAACAUAUAUAUGAUGAAAUUAUCAAAAUAUGAAAAUUAUAUCUGUAAGAAAAUUUGAAGUGAAAGUGCAAACCAGUUUUUAUUGAGAUGUGUUUUCAGACUAUCUAAAUGUUAGCAUUUAAGUUCAAUUCAGCAACCAAGUCAACACUAAUUUGGUAGAUCUAAAUAUCACAUUAAUGAUGGAUUAUUUAUAUUAUAUCACUGAAUAUGGGUCCAGAGAAUUAGGCAACAUUAUUUUUACAUGCUGGUUACUAUAUUCACUAAUGGAUUAAUGUAUUGCAAUUAUUAUACUGCCAUCUUUAAAUUUAUAUUUGAGGCACUGACUUAAUAAUUUUUCUAAUAAGAAUAUUUGCUUAGUGUUUUAUCUUUUUUCCCCUUUUCUAUUUGUUUAUACAAUCUUGGGAAAUAAUAGUAAAUUUACAGGUUCUGAUAUAAAGUACUUUUGUCUGCUGAAGCAUUUUAAAUUGAAUUGCUUACAUAUGCUAUCAUUUAUGAUAUUUUUAGUAUUUUGUACAAGUCAGAACAUGCUAGAUAACUACAAUUCAGCAUUCAUUUAUUAUGAAUAUAUUUUUCAAAUAUUAACAGGUAACAGCAUAGUUGUUAAUUAUAUCAGUUUCUUUAUGAAGGUUAUAUUGUUAUCUAGCAUGUUCUGACUUGUAGGAAAUGCUAAACCUAUCAAGAAAGGUGGCAUAUGUUAACAAUUCAUUUUAAAAUGCUUCAGUGGGAAAAAGUACUUUGCAUUAGAACCUGCAACUUCACUAGUAUUUUCCAAGAUUGUAUAAAGAAAAAAAGCAAAAAAAAAAAAAAAACACACACACACACAUUAAGCAAAUUCUGUUUCUCAAAUCAACACUUGUACAUUCUAUCAUAAUGCCUUGGACCACUUAAUCCUCAGAUUAUUUUCAUGUUUUUCUAGUAGCCUAACAUUGUUCUUUAUAAAAAAAAAUAUUUCAUUCAGAGGCAUGAAAUGAAUUUAAUUGUUUUAUUUUAUAGAUGCCUUCUGAUUGAAAUAUUCCUUAGUCUUUUCUUAACCUUCAUGACCUUGAAUUUUUCAGGGGGAAAGCUUGUAGAAUGUGCUUAAAAUGGAUUCUCUGGUUUCUUUAUGAUUGGAGCUAGAUUACAUGUUUUUGGCAAGAGUACCACAGAAAUCAAUUCUAUGAUUUUCACUUUGAAUCACAUAAUGUGACCUAUAAUAUCCUCAUUACUGCUGAUGUUAAUAUUGGUCAUUAAUGUGGUAUUUGCAGAAUUUUACUUUGUAAUUAUUAUUUGUGUGAAGAUAGUUUGAGACUAUAAAUAUUAAUAUAAAUAUAAAAGUGUAUCAUUCACCACUAAAUUUGUUCAUUUAUUAUACCUAUACAGAUUCAUGGUUUAUUUUAUUGUGUUUGCUGUUACUUGUUAAUAUUUUAAAAAUUUAUUUUUCUUUCAGAAAUGUUCUAUUUUGAUAAUCUCAGAUUUAUAGAAGAUUUAAGACAGUAGUGAAAGGAAUUCAUAAGAAGCAUUCCCCAAAUGUUAUUCUUCAUUUCCAGAUAAGUCUAGGUACAUAACAGUUUUUAUCUCUGAACCAUUUGCAAGAUGCACACAAUGUCUUUUUAUUUGUAAAUAAAAAAAACCUCACAUUUUCUAAAAAUGAGAUAUUAUCUCUGUAACUAUGGUGCAAUGAUCAAAAUAAGUAAAUUAUAUUGUGAAUAUCUACUCUACAAAUCUUAUUCAAAAUUUGACAGUUAUUUUAACAAUUGUCUUUGAACCAAAAUAAAUCCAAUUUUGGGAAAUUUUAAUAUCAAUUA